AUGCAGAGCAUGUUCUACCAAGACGGGGACCUGAUCCCAGAGCCGGAGUACGAUCCUCGCCAAGUCUCAAACUGGGUCAACGUUUCCCUCAAAGCCUCAGAUCAUGAAUUCGACGACGAAACUAUCAUGCGCAACGUCGUCAUGCAGAUUCAUAAUGGUGCCGGUACCAUCUCUGUCCUACCAGAGCACCACAACCGCGCUCUUUGCGUAUCCAUCAAAGCCCCCGGUGACUACAUUUCCGACAAGGCUGCCAUCUUAGCCGCUGCCGAGCUGCAGGCCGACUUUUAUCGCCAGGAGAUUCGCACUGGUCGCGUUCGCAUCAAUCGGGAGCUGCUUUUCCGGCGCGAGGGUUAG